UGUUUCUAUAGACAUCCUCGACAUUCCUUCUGUACGUUGUUGGUGAUUUCACAACGGGUAAUAAUGUUGGCGGCGCAGUUUUCUCUCGUAUUAUUGCUGGUAGUUGGGGCACAAUGUGAGAGUGCUGAAAGAUAUAUGGAGUAUAUUGUCGGCAGACACAACAACUUCAGACAAGGAUGGUUCAACGGAAGAGAAUGGGACAGAAUGGAAUGGGACAGUUCUCUAGCAGAGGAGGCAGACAGACGUAUGUCACAAUGUAACAUGGGGAACGGAUAUUACAGCCGUGGUGAACACUAUGCCUACUAUAGCGGUGGCGAUCAUUACUACAAUAUACGUAGAACCUUUAACGAUUGGUACAAUGGAAUGUCACAAUUUGACUGGAAAAACAAUGAGGGAGAUUUCUAUCAGAUGGACUGGUACAGGAGUCGUUCAGUUGGAUGUGCCAUGAACUGGUGCCCUUCAUUUUAUGCCAAUGGUCAAAAUUACCAGAACAUGUGGUUCUUUGGAUGCUUUUACGAUCAAAUGGAGUACAACGAAAAUGAUAAUGAAGAGUUCUUUGGUGGUAAAAAUUGGAAUGGUAAUGGUUUCAAUAGUUGGUAUGGAAACGAUAACAUGAACAACAAUGGCUAUAAUAUGAACUACAAUAAUGGGUAUGGUUAUGGUGAUAACUUCUACAAUGACAAUUAUUACAUGAAUAACUUCAAUAAUGGUUAUGGCAACAAUGACUACUACUGGAACAGGGGAUAUUACCAGAAUGGAAACAAUGGAAACAAUUACUACAGUAGAGGUUACUACAUGGAUAACUACAACAACAAUAAUGGCAAUGGCUAUUUCUACAACAUGAAUUAUCCUUACUAUAACAACUGGUACGGUAAUGGUAAUUACUACAACAGAGGUUACUACUGGAAUGGUAAUGACUACAAUAAUGACUACUACUAUAACAGAGGUUACUACAUGAACAACUACAUGAACAACGGUUAUGGAAAUGACAACUUCUACUACAACCGAUAUUACAUGAACAACGAUUUCAACAAUGGUGGCUAUGACAAUUUCUAUAACAACAUGGGAUACAAAAAGUGAAGUAGAGCGAUUAUUGAUAAAAAGGAAACUUUUAAAACCGGCCGGACAGACACGGACACUGGAAAAGGUUGAAAAAAAGUUCAUGGAUAUUCAUGUUAAUUUAUUUAUAAUAAACAUUGAGCAUUAAAAUUAA